AUGGAUGCCCUGGAGAGGAAGCAGCAAGUUGCGAUGCUAUGCUGCGACCUCUCCAAGGCAUUCGAUGUGGCCGACCACAGCAUCAUCGCUGCCAAGUUGCUACAUUACGGAAUAGGUGGUAAAGCUCAUAGCCUCCUCACUGACGCUUUGCGUAGCCGAUCCCAAGUUGUGCGAGGCUUUGGUCUGCUUGUGGUGUUGGAAGUCAAGUCUCUCCAGCGCGCCCUCCCCGCCGCCGCCGCCAUGUCGCCGCUCGCCCGCUCGUUGCUCGCGCUCGCCGCGCUGCUCGCCGCCGCCGACGCUAACGGCUACAAUUGCGUCACAAAGACAAUUGGUCAAGUAACAUCCAACUUUAAACCUCUAUCUCCGGUAGUUUUACCCUACGGGUAUUCGGAAAUCCAAAUAAAUGAUUACUGCGCACCAUUGCGGCACGUUGGUGAAAGGAUAACAGUGUGCAACAAUAGCCCAAAUCAACCCAAGCCUAUAAUCCACGACCCGCCUUAUGGACAGCUGACACCCGUGGGUGUCGACUGUUCUGAUGCCAGCCAAUGCACUGCUGACCCUAUUGUCGAGUACUGCGGCUAAUGACAAGCUACCCUUCAUCUCCACUCUCCACUAUUUAAUUGCAUCGUUCGUUUAAUGGUACGUGCAACUGCUGUGAGUUUUCAUUUGACCAUAAGAAGUUUGUUGGAAGAUCCGUCGCAUAGCUCUAAACCUUUAUUAAUAUCACAACCAUUCAAAUGCCUUAACUCAUAGUUUAUUUUAGUUUUUGAAUAUUGUAUUCCAAUUUUAUAAUAUGUAUUUAUCAAUACUGUGCAUAUAUUUAUCCAUUAUCAUUUAAUUAAAAAGUCCAUGUCA